AUGCCACUCGCUUCGAGCGUCUCAAUCGGGGGCGCUAUCGUCAGCUCGUGCCAUAUACACUCUCUAGAUGAUGACUGCCUGAUUGCCAUCUUUUACGACGUUAUCCGUUGUCCGCCUCGGCGGUGGCGAGCGAUCGUGCUGGAUCUUGCGGAGCUAUGGGCGCAAGUUGUUUUUGCGUACCCGAAGGCCUUCCAUACACUCCUCGGACGUGCUCGAGAGUGCCCGCUCAAGGGAGCUGCGAAGACUCAGAGUGGCCAGCUAUCCGACGAACAGGUUGCCUAUAUGCUUUCGCAUCCUGAACGUCUCCGUGUGCUGGCGCUUCCUAGUGAAAUUCGUCCUUCGAUUGCCCUUGCCUUUGCGGGACUAUCGCUACCUGUCCUACAGAAACUCGUCAUCGAUUUCAGUUCCCAUUGGGACGACACGUUCGGCGAAGGCGAGCCCUACAACGACUUCCAUUAUGAUGAACGAGCGCUAGAUGCGCCACUUCUCAGAACUGUUACAUUCGGGAACAUCUUCAUACCCCUUGUUGCGCCGCGUCUGACGAGUCUCACCCUAUUGAAGGACAACGGUAGUCCUGGUGGCGUUGAUCCUACCGAUAUCUGCACACUGCUGAGAUCUGCGCCGAUGCUGAAAGAUAUCGUCCUAGAGAGUUGCUUCUCUGGCGGUGAUUGGGAGAUGGAGGAGGGGGUGGCACCUAUCGAACUACCAAACCUUCUCAGGUUGCUCAUCAGCGGUCAUAUCGCAGAUAUAAUUGGCGUAUUCGCGGCGAUCGGCCACAUGAAUGAAAGCGUGUGCGUCUAUCUGACCAUAUCGGACAUAGACGAAGAUGAAGAAGAGAGUAUCGCAGAACUCUCUCACGCGCUAGGUCCUUGCCUACGGCCUGGGCUGCACGAUACGCUAUCUGUCUCCGGCUUCGACACGGGAGCGACUCAAGGAGAACCGUUUCUCAAAUUGACCUCUUCUGAAAGGGAUGUCGGUCCCUUAUUUUCACCAUAUACUCUCGCCAUCGAGGUCAAGGAGAGUCUGAUCGAUGUCAUGAUGCGCUUGUAUCUGGGAAUAUUCAAGCAGCUUCCUGAGGGCCAGAUCCGGCAUCUUAGCGUCUGUCACCAAGAUCGUUACAAUGCAUUCACCUGGGUGGAAACUCUCCCUGUGUUUCAUCUACCCGCAUUGUCACAAUCUGUUGAGACGCUGUUUUAUGAGAUAGAGAUGGAGAGAUUGGGGCCGAUGACGGACGUAGCCGACUUCGGAUCGGGUCUACUGCCCAAGUUCCUCUUAGUUGACCCCUUCGUCUACCCCAAGCUUACCUCGAUCACCAUAAACGGCGACUUGGGGGGAGAUCAUUACGCGACGGCCACUACUCCCGAAGACAUCAACGAACUGAUCACGUGGCUCAAGGCGCGCGCUGCUUGUGACAGACCGCGGAUAGUGUUCCGGCUAACGGGAGAUUCGUACAAGAUACCAUUCAGCGGGGAGUCUGGUGUCGUGAUGCGGCCGCGAGAUUGGAAAAUCCUGGAGAAGCUGGAUGAGUGGGUUGAAAUUGUUGACGAGCGGACCCUGGUUGCGCCGAAGGAGUGA